UGUUCGGGUGCUGCACACAUACAUUUCAGAUGUCAGGCUAUGUCAUGUAAACUCAGAGUAACAGCGGAUAUAAACUUUCAUUUUACCCCGGUGAGACGCGUUUUACUCUUCCACUUCGGACGCACUGGCGCACACUGACCAGCUAAAACUGAUGUGGUAGCAGGCAGCAGUAUGCCGUACGUGGACAGACAGAACCGUGUGUGUGGCUUUCUAGACAUCGAGGAGAAAGAGGGCAGCAGCCGCUUCCAGAGACGCUAUUUUAUACUGGACACACAGGGCAACACACUGCUGUGGUACAUGGACAACCCCCAGAACCUGCCCAGUGGAGCGAACGCAGUCGGGAGUCUGCAGCUGACGUAUAUCUCCAAGGUGAGCGAGGCCACGGGGAAACAGAAGCCCAAGACUGAGUUCUGCUUUGUGAUCAAUGCAGUAUCUCGGCGGUAUUUCCUCCAAGCCAACGAUGCUGCUGACCUCAGAGACUGGGUCAUUGCUCUCAACAAAGCCACCAAGAUCACUGUUCCGAAAGCUGGACCUCUCCAGCCCAGGACAGAGGUUUCUAUGGUAACCGGUGAGGCAGGGGGUAAGAGGCAGGCCUAUAAGACUGAGAUCAUCGGGGGAGUGGUGGUGCACACCCCCAUGUACCAGAAUGAGGGGGAGGAGAUGGAGGUAGGGGACAGGAAGGUCAACGCUGUAGGCAGUAGACCAGGCGUCCUGAGGUGUGGCUACUGUGUCAAACAGGGUAACAUGAGGAAAAGCUGGAAAAGGCGUUUCUUCAUGCUGGACAACAAUUCUGUCAGUUACUACAAGUGUGAGACGCAUAAGGAGCCGCUAAGAGCGGUUCUUCUGAGAGACAUUCAAAAGGUCCAUGAAUGUCUGGUCAAAUCUGGGGACCUGCUGAUGAGGGAUAACCUGUUUGAGAUUAUCACCAGCUCUAGGGUUUUCUACGUCCAGACAGACACUCCAGAGGACAUGCAGGGCUGGAUCAGAGACAUUGAGGGGAAGAUACAGGACUUCAGAGGCCCGGGCAAGAGCUCUGCAUUCACACGUGCCUCCUCUCUGUAUUGCCAUGGUAACUCCUCCCACCAACCCUCUGUUCUCCGUGGUCGUCAGGGAGAUGACAAGAGACCCCCUUUAGUGAAGUCAUGUUCCGUGGCCCCGGGAUGGCAGCCCUGGACCCCCGUACCCCAAAGAGAGGCUCCCGCACUGGGCAUACUAGAUAAGGACGGUCCCUUUAGCUCUCUGCUGCCCAGCCUCUCCUCUCUCUCUCUCUCCACCUCCUCAUCUUUAUCCUCCCUCCCCACUCCCACCCCACAGGGGGUCUCAGCUCCAGCCAGUGGUGUGGGGGUCUCAGUCAGCCCAGGCCCCAUAGCCCCAGGCCCCUCCAGCAGCCGGAGGAGACACCGCUCUCAGCCUCAGCCCACCACAGACCGCAGCUUCCCUUUCAGCCUGGACCAUGAUGGCAUCCGCACCACCGACGUCUAGAACCAACCACGUCUAGAACCAACAGAACUCUGGAUCCAACAAUAUGUAGAACCACCAACAUCUAGAACCAAUAUCUAGAGCAACAAUGACACUUGAUUGAGUGCUUUUCCCUUUGAAAGACUAAACCUUCCCUCCCCCAGCCACUUUCCUCUGAGAGUUCCAUAGGCCUGCUGCUUUGGCUGCGACUGCUGUGGCUGCUGUGGGCUGUUUGCUGAAGUAUCCCCCCAUCCAUCUCUCUCUCUGGAGGCCUGUGGCCCCCUGUUGGUGGGGGAGGGUAGUGAUGCAAAUUGGGGUUCCUGGAUGUGUUUUCUCAGUGAGGGGUGUGUUAGUCGUGGCUGUGGGCUUCUGGUAUAAAGGGUUAUUCGGAGAGACUGGGAGGGAUUAUCAGUGUUGGAGUGUCUGGUAGACUGCGAAGGGUUAAGUUAUGUGUUGUACGAUUUCCUCUUAAAACCUGAAUGUAGUUCUCCCAUGUACUGAGAUGAAGGAAGGUUUGUAUUGUGUUGGAGCCUGUCUGUCUACCAAAUACCCUCUAAUAGUAUUAGUCAGCUGGUCUUUUACCUGUAUUAACCAAAUCUACAGUAUGUCCCAAUUGGCACCCUAAUGCACUAUAUCAUGCAGUACUUUUGACCAGAGCCUUAUGGGCUCUAGUCAAAGGUAGUACACUAUAUAAUGAAUAUGGUACCACUGCCAAUUGGGACUCAACCCAAGAGUCCCAUUCAAUCCAUAACCUGGUCAUAGAAUAGUGACGAUGUUCGUGUCUGUGGCUCUGCUUGUCUCUGUAGACAAUGUUGUUCUCUUGUUAGACUAAAUCCAAUUGCAUUAAAUCGCUUCAUCAGCAGCACAUUUUAUGGUAUUUCUGCACACUUUUCCGUUAGCCUCGUUCUCUUGCUCGACUGCAAAGGAUUUACUACUCCAGAGGGACUGGAAAUAUUUUGGGUGUCAGAUUGUUCUAGCAAUUCUCACAUUGUAACUUCAUUAGGAGGAACGAUGUUUGACAUGCUUUUUACAUUUGUAUCACAAACAAUUAUUUUGAUAAGUGGCCAUUUCUAGACCUAUACAUUAUGGCUGGGAUGAUACCAGUAUCGCGAGGAAACAAAGCACGAAGCGGAUUUAACUUCUUUAGGAAAACAGCAAUAAUGUUGGAAACAAACAUUAUGUUGUCAUCCAGAGUCACAUUUAUUAAUUUUCCAAGCUGAAGCACACUAUUUUACAUACAGCAGUUUGUAUGUAAAAUAAAGGACCGAAGAGUUUGGUCUACUUUGUGUUUUGCCAUCAACGGAUUACCACAAUACUGCCCUAUGAUCUGUGAACCGUACAUGAUACAGACAUCUGGGUGUCAUUAUACUCCUUAUAGUGUUCUCUAACAUAUGGAGUAUGUCUAGAUUAUGAAAUACUCAUUUUCACAUUCAUAUCUAAAAACUACCCUUUGAUUUAAUUUUUUUUUUUUUUUUACAUAUUGUUUGUGACACUCUUCAAACAAGUUAAAAUUUCCAGAUUGGGCUCUCUCUAGUACUUUUCACUAUAUGACCCAUUUUAUACAUAGAAAUUGACAUUAUAGAUCAUUAAUCAAUCACAGCCCUACUGUAGGAUGCAUAUUUAGCAAGUCACCAGCAGAGGAAGUUCCGUUUGAAUUGAUUUUCCCAUAAAAUGUUAUCAGAGAGCCCACAAUGGAAUUUUGAUUUACUUGCAGAGCAGCUGUUCCCAAACUAGGGGGCGCACCAACAUUUUGUGGGGGUGUACAGGACCUUACUUGAUUAAAGGGCUUAUUGUUAUUGUUGUUUUUUUCCUUUACAAUUCACAAUUGUUUAAACCAAUCUAAAACAACUCAUAAAUCCGCAAUGCUUUAGGCUAGAAACAAGCGGUAAAAUGCCAGAGGACGAUGCGACUCUGAUGCACAUGAGCUGAGACCUUCUAAAGUCGAGGAGUCAAAGAAAUUGGACUUCGCUUGGGAGGUAAUCUAAUACAAUGUUUGACUCUGAGUAUACCAAACAUUAGGAACACCUUCCUAAUAUUGAUUAUUGAUACAGCCUUAAUUCGCCAGGGCAUGGACUCUACAAGUUGUCGAAAGCGUUCCACAGGAAUGCUGGCCCAUGUAGACUCCAAUACUUCC